AAAUGUCAGAACAAUAAAAUUAAAGCUAGUACAUGCAAACUUGAAUACCAUCUACAGAGUCUGCACAUAAUUAAGAGAAAUUUAGCAACAAAUUUGCCAUCAAAACUAACAUAAGCAGCCAAUUUUGGUCAAUUAUGAAAUGGCCUUAUUGUAUUGUUUGGUGCUUCCUCUGUUAAAUGUAGCGUGUUAUUUCAGAGACUUGUUUUCUCUUAUACCUGACAAAAGUUUCUUGUAGGGACUGACUCCUUGCAUCCCAAAAAUGAGAGUGCCGAAACUUGAGGAUUCAUUAUUUGGGGCAAGCAGAAAAAGCAGAAUAUGACGAGCAAGGAUACUCACAUUUUUUCCGCUGAAAUGUCCAACCCAAAUAAGUUUUCCAAUGAUGGAAGUUUCUUGACUAAGUUUAUCAUUCCGAAGAGUGAUAGGUUUGGUGAGAUGUGUGAUCAUUCAAAUCCAAUUUUAGAAGCAGUUAAUGAGUUGACACCUUUGGAAUCCACAAAAGGCAGCAAAGAAGCUUCCGAAUUGAAGCAAGCGCUGAGUGCAAAUCAGAUAGCAGCGAAGUCGAUGCUACUGCGCAUGAAAGGAUUACCUGAUCAAGCAGACAAACUCAUGGAACAAGCAGAAGAAGUGAAAGCAAAGCAAGCCACUUGUGAUUGUAAAGGUGAUGAGUGCAAACGGUAUCAAAUUGAUGGGAGCACUAGCAGGUAUAUUAUGCAUGAGCUAUCCAGUCAAAAGAAAAAGAAAGAGGAUGAUGCUGACCUGCAUUUGGCUCACAAGAUUAUGCGCCAGAAACAAUAUUAUAUAUCUAGUCACGCACAUGAUGAAUAUGAGUAUGAUGAUGGUCCCUUGAAAAAGAUUAGGAAGAAAGAUGGGGGGACCAAUGGCAAAUUAAGCGACUUACCUAAUUUUGCAAAUCGCAUUGUGACUAAACAAGAGUGCUGUCAAUUCUGCUUUGAGAAUCUUAAAAGAUCAAAGCAUUUGGUUGUCUCCAUUGCAAAUUUCACUUACCUAACAUUACCCCAGUGGCAGCCCAUUGUCCCAGGUCAUUGUUGCAUUUUAACUCUGCAGCAUGAAUCAGCUACACGAUCUGUUGAUAAUGAAGUGUGGGAGGAAAUUCGGAAUUUCAAGAAAUGCCUGAUUAUGAUGUUUGCACAACAAGGGAAGGAUGUAGUGUUCCUUGUAACUGUUAUGGGGUUGGCAAAGCAAAGACAUCAUUGCUUAGUUGAGUGCGUUCCUGUACCACGGGAUGUUGCAAAGCAGGCACCUCUCUAUUUUAAAAAGGCAAUUGAUGAAGUGGAAAGUGAAUGGAGUCAACACAAUGCAAAGAAACUAAUAGAUACAAGCAUCAAAGGGUUACGUGGUUCAAUUCCUAAGGAUUUUCCUUACUUUCAUGUUGAGUUUGGUCUAGACAAGGGAUUUGCCCAUGUCAUCGAUGACGAAAAAUAUUUCAAAAGCAGCUUUGGUGUCAAUGUGGUAAGAGGUAUGCUGAACCUUCCUGCUGAAGACCUUCAUCUCUAUCGAAAGCAGGACACUAUGGUGAGACAGACACAAGCUGUUGCAAGCUUUGUUCAGGAUUGGGAGCCUUUUAAUUGGACUACCCAACUCCUGUAACUUGUAAUUAUAUUUGAUUUACACUUGGGGUUUUGUACCUUUCAGGCAAGACCCAAUCUGGAUUGUAAAGAGGUCUGAAUUCCUGUUCUUUUACAUGAAUAUCCUGUAUAGAACAAUUUCAUAUACCAACCAGUUAAGCACUAACGUGAUUAUUAUUCUUAAGCAUUACUAUGCUCUUCUACUUGCUUGGUACUUGGUAGACUUAUCCUAUUUAGCCUUUUAACCAUUAAUUUAACC